AUGGACUUCGCAUCACAAUCACAUCUUCUCACCCCCACCAACAUCCCAGCUCUGCUGGGCGGGGCGGUCGUGACGGCAAUCGUGUAUGCCCUGGGCGUGGCCAUCUACAACGUCUACUUCCACCCACUGAGCAAGUACCCUGGACCGAAGCUGUACGCAGCCAGCCGGAUCCCGUACGCGCUGGACCUCAGCCACGGCACCAUCAACCAGACCAUCUCGGACGCCCACAAGAAAUACGGCGACGUGGUCCGCAUCGCGCCCAACGAGCUGUCCUUCAUCUCGGGCGACACGGCGUGGAACGACAUCUACGGCUUCCGCGGCGCCAAGAAGCCCGAGUUCGGCAAGGACCGCGACUGGUACAACAAGCCGGUCAACGGGACGUACUCGAUGCUCGGCGCGGGCCGCGAGGACCACUCGCGCAUGCGGCGCGUCUUCUCGCACGCCUUUUCGGACAAGGCGCUGCGGGAGCAGGAGCCGCUGAUCCAGCGGUACAUCGGCAUGCUGAUGCAGCGGUUCGGCGAGAAGGCGCGGGCGGGCGUGGACGUGGAUCUGGUGCGGUACUACAACUUCACGACGUUCGACAUCAUCGGCGACCUGACGUUCGGCGAGUCGUUCGGGUGCCUGGAGACGGACGACUACCACGCGUUGGUGAGCGGCGUCUUCGCGUCGCUGCGGGCGAGCAACCGGCGCAAGGCGCUGCACUACUGGCCGGCGGUGCAGAAGGCCUACUUCGCGUGGGACAGCCUGACGCGCCAGGGCAAGGUGCAGGGCAACGUCAUCUUCCACAAGUUCACGGCCGCCAAGGUCGACAAGCGGCUCGCGACCGAGACGGACCGGCCCGACAUCAUCACGGCCAUCGAGAAGCAGCCGGAAACGAAGGCGCUGAGCCGGCCCGAGAUCCAGACCAACUCGGAGCUCUUCCUCAUCGCCGGCAGCGAGACGACGGCCACGAUGCUCAGCGGCACCACCAUGUGCCUGCUGAAGAACCCGGAGACGAUGAAGAAGCUGGUCGCUGAGAUUCGCGGCGCGUUUGAGAGCUCGGAUGAGAUCACCUUCGAGCGCGUGGGCCAGCUGCCGUACCUCAUCGCCGCUCUCACCGAGGGCAUGCGCUUCUACCCGCCGGUCCCGACGGGCUUCCCGCGCAAGGUUCCGGAAGGUGGCGACAAUGUCGGCGGCCACUACGUGCCGGGAGACACUGCCGUGUACGUGUCUCAGUACGCGACGUACCACAGCCCGCAGAACUUCACCGACCCCGAGUCGUACAUUCCCGAGAGGUGGAUCGGAGACGACCCGCGGUUCGCCAAGGACAGGAAGUCGGUGCUGAUGCCCUUCUCCAACGGGCCGAGGAACUGUCUCGGCAAGAACCUCGCGUACGCCGAGAUGCGCACCAUCCUGGCGAAGACGCUCUUCAAUUACGACCUCGAGCUGCUCGAGGACAAGACCGGAAACUGGUUCGACCAGAAGGUGUUUGCAUUGUGGGAGAAGGGUCCGUUGUUGGUGAGGGUCAAGGAGGCGCGCAGGUGA